AAAGAUUUUAAUAAAUGAAGAGUGAAUAAUAAUAGAAAGAAACCCCAAAAACAGUGAAGAAAAUAAAAGUGAAUAAAAAAGCACCAGUUAGGUAAUAAAUUUAAAUUUAAGUGAAAGAUUAUGGGUUAAGGCUGUAUUUACAGGUUUUAGAAGAUCAAAGGUUUAAUAAAAUGAGAAUUAAGCUUUAUUAAAAAUUUAACAUGUGGAUGAUGUAUCAUCAAGCAGAUUCUAUUGGGGCAAAAGAGUUGCUUACAUAUAUAAGGCUCACUCUUUAAAAAAUAAUACAAAGUUUAGAGUAAAGAUUAUGAGUUAAUAUGAAGACAAUUUGGGGUAGAGUGAGUAGAUCUCAUGGAUCAAAUGGAAUAGUAAUUGCUCGAUUCAAUAGAAAUCUUCCAGCAAGAGCAAUUGGAUCAACUUUGAGAGUAUUCCUUUAUCCAAAUAGAGUUUGAGUUAAAUAAAAAGUGUAUAAAUAUAUAUGUACAUUAAUUUCCAG